UUUACGUGGGAGCUGAAUUGAAAAUUUCUUUUCUGGUCUUUAUUAUAUUCGUUUGCAAUAUAAAGUAAUAUAUUUUUUCUUUCGUAAACACUAAAAGAAAAGGAUGAACUCACUUUUCCAAGUUUUCUUUAUUGGAAUAUGUCUGUGUGUAUAUGGAGAUGAAGAACCAGAUGUAAGAAAUUCAUUUUACAGUAGUAUUAUAUGGAAUCAAAUUCUUAAUAAUGAUAAUAACAGUUUAGAAAAAAUAUUUGAAUCAUUUAUCUCAUCAUUGAGAAGUAUAAAAACAUACAAUUCGAAUAUAAAGAGGUGUUUACCAUCGGGAAGAUCUAAUCAUAUUAUUGAGGAAAGACAAAUGAGUGUAACACCUAUAACAUUUCCAGUAUGGACUAAUCCUAUUGAAACGACUACUUCAACUACUACAACGACAACGACCACUCCUACGACGACAACAACUACUACCCCAACGACAACUCCAACUACGACUAUUACUACUACAACCGCAACAGAGGCGACGCAGACAGCAACACCAACUACCCCCAUCGCGACUACCAAUAUACCUAAAUGUAAAAACUGUGACAUAUUAAUAACCAUAAUCGAUGCAUGCCCAUAUAUUUCUAAGUAUAUUGAAAUUAUUGUAUGUGUUAUAAAUGAAAUUCAUCAAUGUGAUGUCUUUUUAGACAGAAGCAUACGGGAUUUUUUUAAAUGCAUCGACAAUUUUUAUCUAAAUAAUGCCCAAAAUAAUAUAAAUUGUGACGAUGUAAACAAGUUCUUUAAAAAAUUAUUGAAAAAUUAUAAGGAUUUCUUGGAUACUUGGAGGUCUUUAGUAGGAAUUCAGAAAUACUUGUGUUCAAAUUGUCUACUCCUUAAAUGCCAAUAAAUACUGUAGUAUUUCAUUUUUGUUAUCAAUAAUUACAAUUACUGAAAAUUACUGGGGAUGGGAUUAGCAGAUUAAAAUUUGUUGUUAAAAAUCAUUUUUUAUUUGCUAUUAUAAUUGGAAUUUGGUUUCUUCUUAGAUGUAUACAAUAUAAAAGUAGUAAUAAAUAAUAAAGAAAGUUACGUAUAAAUUAAUAAA